GAACAUUUCGAUUGGCAAAUGACUCAGAUUUCGUCAAGAUGGAGCCUUUCGCUUGGUUUUUACGAAGCACAUUCAGCACGUGUAUAAAAAGUGCCAAACUAAUUUCUUAAAAUGGAUGAUCGAAGUGAUAUAGCUCAUGAAGGUCCAGGCGGUAUGGAUCCUGAGGGUGUCAUCGAGUCAACUUGGCACGAGGUGUAUGAUAAUUUCGAUGACAUGAAUUUGCGCGAAGAGUUAUUGCGAGGUAUCUAUGGUUAUGGUUUUGAAAAGCCUUCUGCUAUUCAGCAGCGUGCUAUCAUUCCUUGUGUAAAGGGCCGCGACGUUAUUGCCCAGGCGCAGUCGGGUACGGGAAAAACUGCUACUUUUUCCAUUGCAAUCUUGCAACAAAUCGAUACGUCCAUCCGUGACUGUCAAGCGUUGAUUUUGGCCCCUACUAGGGAAUUGGCAACCCAAAUCCAGCGCGUCGUGAUGUCACUUGGUGAAUACAUGAAGGUUCAUUCACAUGCUUGCAUUGGUGGUACCAACGUGCGUGAGGAUGCCCGCAAUUUGGAUUCCGGAUGUCAUGUUGUUGUUGGCACACCAGGGCGUGUUUACGACAUGAUUAAUCGCAAAGUGCUUCGUACCCAUAACAUCAAGUUGUUCGUUUUGGAUGAAGCCGAUGAGAUGUUGUCUCGUGGUUUCAAAGAUCAAAUCCAAGAUGUUUUUAAAAUGCUUCCCCCAGACGUUCAGGUCAUCUUGCUAUCUGCCACUAUGCCGCCCGAUGUUCUUGAAGUCAGCCGUUGCUUUAUGCGUGAUCCAGUGAGCAUUUUGGUGAAAAAAGAAGAACUUACUUUGGAAGGUAUUAAGCAAUUUUACGUGAACGUAAAGCAAGAAAACUGGAAGCUUGGUACUUUAUGCGAUUUGUAUGAUACACUUUCAAUUACUCAGUCUGUAAUUUUUUGUAACACAAGGCGUAAGGUGGAUCAGUUGACUCAAGAAAUGACAAAUCACAACUUUACUGUAUCUGCUAUGCAUGGUGAUAUGGAGCAACGCGAUCGCGAGGUUAUUAUGAAGCAAUUCCGUUCGGGUUCUUCACGUGUUCUUAUUACUACUGAUUUGCUCGCUCGAGGUAUUGAUGUGCAGCAAGUGUCGCUAGUCAUUAACUAUGACUUGCCAUCGAAUAGAGAAAAUUACAUUCAUAGAAUCGGUCGUGGUGGACGGUUUGGUCGCAAAGGUGUUGCUAUUAAUUUUAUAACGGACGAAGAUCGGAGAAUUCUUAAAGAUAUUGAACAAUUCUACCAUACCACUAUUGAAGAAAUGCCUGCUAAUAUUGCCGAUUUGAUUUAAAUAGCAAAAAUCGGAAGUGUCAAUAAAGCAGUGAAGCAGAAAAUCAUCCAUAACAGCAAAGAAAUCAACAGAAGCUUUCUGGACAUCAGAUUAUAAACUAAAAAAUAAAAUAAAAAGUAUAUCUACAUAUACAUUCAGCAAGAAAUGCAAGAAACUACCACAUCAAAAGAAAGAAGAUAAUAUUGUUUUAGCUUUUUUCUAGAAUAUUGAUAUAAAUUUAUUAAACCACAAAAAGCAACAACUAUAUUAAUUAUACUAUGAUAAUAAACUAACUGGGCCACAAGCUCUAGCAAAGUCAGGGCCGGAGCUAAUGGA